GGUCGUCCGGCCGAAGACACGGAGGAAUUGUAUGAGAAAGCUCUAGCUCGCUUCCCUGGUGUCUUCCUUGAGUACCAUCUUUCCCACAACGCUGUCGUUGCAGAUCGCACUCAGCCUACUGUCAUAUCAGGCAUCCCUAGAAGUCUUCUACAAGGUAUCCUGACCGCUCGCAUCUUGCGCGGUGAUGCUAAAAACGCCUACCUUACCUUGGACACUACUGCGAGACUUUUCCCCACCAGAAUCCCAACUCGCUUCGUUACCCUUUUUGUCCAGGAACGCCCUCUUGAUGAAGCCUACAAGGUUUUUAUGCUUGCAUGCCAGGCUGGUGCCACCCCUGGUCAUGAUGCCCUGAAGAUCUUUUUGACAAGGCUGAGGAAGGUCGCUGCAGCAAAGCCUCUGGAACAUGCUGCCAUGUUGCGUGCAAUGAUCAUGGUCUCCUAUGCACACACGGCGUCUGGUGCUCCGCUACACAACAAGUCACUUACCGAACUUGUCGUAGGAAUUACUAGCCUUCUGAAGGAUGAUGCUUACACGAGAAUGUCUUCCGAGCAACUACGGCCUAUAACCAAUGCCAUCAGUAAUUUGCUUAGUGAUCUGUUUAGCGUGUGGGCUAGCCAAGGGUCACCUCCAGCCACAGCUUCAUUCAACUCUAUGAUUGCAAACCUCGCUGGUCGAGGCAGACGCAGAGACGUAAUAGAUCAUGCUCUGGAAGCCAUGGACCACUACAAUCUCAAGCCAAACACUGUCACUUUUCGUUCUAUCCUAGCAGCUGCAGGCGAUAUGAGCGAUCCAGAGGGAAUUCGCUCAGCUUGGACCGACCUUGUCGCCAACCGCAUCGAAAAAGGUGCUGCUCUGGAACUUGUUGAUUGGCAAAAUCUACUGAACGCCACUCGACGUAUCAACGACCCGGAGUAUCUGCGACAACAGCUGUCCAACUUUGAGCAUAUCGUGUCUCCUUAUAUCCUAGACCGGAUGAACAACAAUCUCAAGUCUGAAAACUUUUCGAGGCAGCUUCACCCGAACAAGAUGCCUUCUUCGGACGAUCUGGAGACGGUGGCGAAAACAAUGAAAGUUCUCGAACUGAUCAAGCAAGAUAUCGCAUACAUGUCCGAGAAUGCGCAUGUGGGUCGCAACUUUUACGCUGAGCCACUGCCGCUCCAUCUACUCAACCGCUCAAGUGUGUACACGAACGUGCCGGAAGAAUAUAUUCGUACAGUGUACGAUGAAAUGACAACAGAUUCGUCAGCAACUCUCGACAUCCUCCCACCAUCACCUUCUGAGCCAAGGCCAGAUGUCGAGGCAGAGGCAGACACAGAGACAGAAGCGAAGGAACAACAACAGGCUCCAGCGAUGAGCCCAACAGGAUAUCCGCUUGAUGAGCUUCGAUAUCAAAACUGGAGGGCAGUCAAUGAACUACUGUUUGAUGCGAAGCAGUACGACAAAGAGUAUAUGGAUGCUGUUGACGAAGCCAUCAAGCGCAGUGUACCACCUCCUUCCCGCAAUACAGAGCUGAGCCAUGCACCGAAACUCGACGAGUUCGUGGGCUUGAGCGACUUAGCAACCAGCUCCACUAACACCACACAAAGCGAUGUUUCUGAAGAUAAGCACAAAAUAACGCUUGAUGAAUUCCGCGAGAAGAUCUUCGAGCUUCGUGGUCGCAAGGCAUGA